GCAGCGGGAUCGCCGGCCCCGUCGGGAAGUUUCCAGCCUGCGAGCGAGCGCCGCUGGACACGCCGGACGUUCCCAGACACGGGCCAUGCGGCUCCAGCUGCUCCUGGCCCCGCUGGGCUGGCUGCUCCUGGUGGAAACGAAGGGUGAUGCCAAGCCGGAGGACAACCUUUUGGUCCUCACGGUGGCCACAAAGGAGACCGAGGGGUUCCGACGCUUCAAGCGCUCAGCCCAGUUCUUCAACUACAAGAUCCAGGCGCUGGGGCUGGGGGAGGACUGGCAUGGGGAGAAGGAGAUGUCGGCAGGGGGAGGGCUGAAGGUUCGACUACUGAAGAAAGCCCUGGAGAAGCACGCAGACAAGGAGAACCUGGUCAUUCUCUUCACAGACAGCUACGACGUAGUGUUUGCCUCGGGGCCCCGAGAGCUCCUGAAGAAGUUCCGGCAGGCCAGGAGCCAGGUGGUCUUCUCUGCCGAGGAGCUCAUCUACCCAGACCGCAGGCUGGAGGCCAAGUACCCGGUGGUAUCUGACGGCAAGAGGUUCCUGGGCUCUGGAGGCUUCAUCGGUUAUGCCCCCAACCUCAGCAAACUGGUGGCCGAGUGGGAGGGUCAGGACAGUGACAGUGACCAGCUCUUUUACACCAAGAUCUUCUUGGACCCGGAGAAGAGG